AUGUCAAAUCAAUUGAUUGCACUUCGUUCAGACGUAAGGAUCAAUAUUGCCACUACUGAGGCUCAGAGCCCUACUUCUCAAGAGCCAACGCUGGUAUUUCUACAUUUUUGGGGAGGCUCAUCAAAAACUUGGUUGCCGGUCAUCACGCUCCUGUCACCAACGUAUCCAACACUGGCAAUUGACUUUCGAGGUUGGGGUGCCUCGACGGGACCCGGCCGCCCCGACGCGUACUCAAUAUCAGACCUUGCGGAGGAUGUAAGACAGAUUAUUCGCCAAAAGAUCACUGGCGACUAUGUUCUGGUCGGGCACUCGAUGGGCGCCAAAGUCGCGCAGCUGAUAGCUGGGAUGCACGCCCCAGAGUUCGCGCAAAUCAAAGCCAAUCUUAGAGGUGUGGUGCUCGUCUGUCCAGCUCCCCCAACACCUCUCAUUUUGCCACAAGACAUGAGAGACCAGCAGAUACACGCCUACGACAGCGCAGAAAGCGCAGCGUUUGUCACUCGCAACGUCCUCACGGCUUCCAAGUUAGAACAGGCUGCAGUAGAUGCCCUAGUCCGUGACAUGCUGCAGGGGAACAGCCACGCUCGCGCAGCCUGGCCGGCUUACGCCAUGGGCGAGAAUGUCAUAAGCGAUGGAUGGAGGCUUGGAGCGCCGUGUCUGGUCAUUGCCGCUGAAAACGACAGGGUCGAACCGGUGGAUAGGGUUAGAGCUGAAGUACUCCAACGACUCGAACAAGCACAAUUCGCCAUUAUAAAAGGCUCCGGACACUUGGCGCCCGUCGAGGCGCCACAUUCUAUUGUAGAAAUUGUUCAGAAAUUCUUGCAGUAA